AUGGAAAACGCUGGUAGCCCGACUCCGAGAUGUCCUUGCGGAUUCUGGGGGUAGGAUUGUGUUUGAUAUAUGUGUUGCCAUUUUGACCUUCUCAGUAAGCUUUUUACGAUUGGAGAAAAUUUUGGUGCGACUUGAUUAACACGAGAAAAAUGCCUUUUAUUUCCCAUUUCCAGCUCUCCACAGACCUUAAAUUUGUGUUCAAAGUGUUACAAGGACGGUGAGUUAUCCAACAUCGUUUGUGCUUCUCUAUCAGGCGUUAAAUUUUAUAAUGGACGGUGGACACAACAUUGCAAAGCUAAGGUCACGCAUGCAGUCUGACGGCAGUUUUUCAUGUCUUUGAAUACAUUUCUCCUCUGUUUCUAGAAUUACAACGAAAGGAGAAAGUAGAAGAGAAUAAUGCCUCCGUUCCAUCGAAUAUACCUAAAGUGCAAACUUCUAGUCGAAAUGAAUGGAAACAUGAUCUUGGAAAGGUGAUCUCGAGAGAACAUCAAGUCAACCGCGAAGUCCAAGGUGACACGAACGAUUCAAAGUGUAGGAAAACAGAAACUGAACAAGCAGCUCAGGGAAACAACUCUCUAGACUUAAAAACAAGCGAGCAAGAAAAGGGAUCGAGAAAUGAAGUCCUAGGAAAAGAUAUAUCUACACAGAAGAAGCGAAAACGUUGCUGGACGUGCAAGGCCAAACUUGAACUUGCUCAGAGAGAACUGGGCAAUUGUAGAUGUGGUAAGUACACCAAAUGAUCGCCCUUUAUGUAGUGUACAUGUAUGAUGUCGUUGCGUCCUUGCUCAAACGAAAUCUGGUGCCACUUUUCGCCUGGGCUGGGUUGUUCAAAGCUGGGUUAAGAUAACCCAGGGUUAGAGCGAGAUUUGAAUUCAGAUUUGAAGGGAUAAAAAGCAUUUCAGAUUUAAUUCUUUUUGUCUACAAGUUGAUGAUUGGAAGCUCUAAAUAUAACAGAGAAAAUUAACCGAGAAAAGGCUUUUGAACACAAGAAAGAGAAACCCGGGUUAAAUUUAACCCGGGUUAAGCGCUAAUCGGCGUUCGAACAACUGAUUCCAGGACCCUGGGGAUGGUCUAUAUUUUAUCCACACGGGACACCCACCCCCCGAAGGAUGAGUAGAAACUGAAUCUUCAAAUUUUUGUUGCGGCCCUUUGAAAAAUGAAAUCCGAAGGGUUCGUUCUUUGCAUGUUGGCACCUUUGAAAAAUUUGUCAGAUCACCCCCCCCCCCCCCAACCCCCCAUUUGAAAACCUGUCAUCCUUAAGGGAGGGGUUUGGAUCAAAAAUGGAAUGUCCCCUGGACAGAAAUGCAAUUGACCCAUAAAAGUUGAGCUUGGACAUAAAACUGUAACAAGGAUGACAUUCAUUUUCUUGGGCUCCCAUAAGAAUUUUUUUUUGGUGUUUCUACAGGUGAUUUAAUAUUACAUCUUUAGCCCUUGAAAAAUGUAAGAAAGAAUGCAAUAUGCUUUAACUUAUUCUGGUACAAGAUUUUGGUCCACUGAAAAUUAAAAUUACUCAGAAAAAGUGAAAAUUUCCUUACAUUAAUUUGUUGUGCAGUAGGGCAAAGGGAAGGAAUUCUUACUUCUAGUGUUAUGUCCUGUGGCAAAGCUUGCCUUUUACUUGGUAUCCUUAAGGUGAUUCCCUAGUAAAAGAACCUAACAUAGAUUGUAGAUGAAACUUGGUACACUGAUGUAACAAGUCAAGAAGAUGAUAAAAAGGUAAUAAAAAGUGGGGGUCACUGUGCUCGUUUUGACGUCACAAUGCUGACAAAUACAGCUAUUUUGGACUCUUUGACAAAAACCGUGCGCAGCCCAAAACUAGACAGAAAGGAAAGAUUUUUUCAAUGAUGCAUGUGGUAUCGCACAGAAUUUGAAUUUAAUGUAUUGUUUAUCCACUUAUGUAUCAGAAAAAUGCCUUUUAAUGCCCUUGUUUUUACUUUACGCUCCAAAGUAGAUUUAAAUUGGACACGCGCUAUUCGACACGUGAUAGCUCAAUCCGUACAAUUUAGUAAAAUUGCCAAAAAACUGAACAUAGAUUGGUGCCAAUUUUUUUCUCACUGAAAGGAAGCACUGUCCUUAUUAAAAUCAUGAAAUAAAAAAAGGGGGUCACUUUACUCGUUUUUGCGGUAGAGCUGCAGAAAGUGCGCACCAAACGCAUUUUCCUUGAUUUUUGAGAGAGGACUGGGGCGAGUUUCAAAAUAGAAUGUAUGCGAAAGGGGAAAGAAAGUGUUAAAAAAUCCGUUUUUACAGAAUUUAUAUCGAGAUAUCACAUUUAGGACACAAUGUGAUAAAGAAAGCGUUUAAAUGAAAAUCAAAGUGAAUAAGCACAAAUUAAACAUCCACUAUCGAGGUUCUCCAUGAGGAAGUCGAACUCAGCAACACGCGUACUGCUUACAUUAUGCACAUUCCCACCACAUUGAGCCUCACCUCGGGAAGAAGCAACCGCAAGCAAAAAUUGCAAUGGCAUUUCUCUUUGGUCAACUUCAUUUUAAUAAUGUUACUUCACAUGCUCUUUUUUACGGAGGCCAUCUUGUUAUGCGCAGUAAGAGAUGCGCAGUGCAAAACCAGGGAAUCACUUUUAAGUCCAUUUUACCUCAUUCUUUCUUUUAGAUUUUGUCUUCUGUCAAUUGCAUCGAUUGCCAGAGCAACAUAAUUGUGUUUUUGAUCACAAAGAAAGUGGGCGUCAAGAAGCAAGAAAGAAGAUGGUUAGUCCAGGGCCAAAGAAAGUAGGAAGAUCUUUUCAGAGGAUAGAUGAAUGA